CGCUGUUGCAGACGACGCAUUCACGAAAGCACAGGACCAAUUUGAAAAGAAAAACAACGUGAAAAGGACGAGAAAUAACAAUUAAUAUCCAUUCCUUUACAAAGAACUACCAUUCACUUGACAAUCCUAACAUCUAAAGACCAAGGAAACAAAAUGGAAUAGUUUACAAAGCCUGUGUAGUGACUAUAUGAUAAUAUUCCCCAGCAGUGUUACACUUAACCCCGGCUUUUGGCUGUUAGAUGAUGAUGCAAUCUUUCUCAGAACGGAGAAAAGAUUACCCACUGGUGAAAAAACGAUUUAUCUGAACUGCUUAUUGUCUCGGUGAUACAAUAUCGAAGGUUAGGUUUAAGCACACGAGCCUUUUCGAUUUUCUGUGGAGCUAUAUCGGAGGCAGGAUGGAAGUAUGGCAGAAGACAUGCCUCUUACUGUGCCUGUAUGGUUUCCUGAAGGAGCUGCGUCCCUCAGAGCCAUUCCUCACCGAGUACCUGAAGGGACCCCAACACAACCUCACAGAAGAUCAGAUAUACAUACAAGUAUACCCAGUAUGGACAUAUUCCUACCUCUCUCUGCUUGUGGUUGUGUUCCUACUGACGGACCUCCUGCGCUACAAGCCGAUGAUUGUCUUUGAGGGCAUUGGUUACAUAGCCACAUGGGGCCUUCUGCUGUGGGCAGGAGGUGUUCACUGGAUGCAGUUUAUGGAGUUCUGUUAUGGUAUAGCUACAUCUACGGAAGUGGCUUACUUCACGUACAUUUAUGCUCAAGUUUCUGGAGUAUAUUAUCAGCGUGUGACCAGCUUCACACGAGCAGCUCUUCUCACCGGAAGGUUUAUGUCAGGAUUAUUGGCUCAGGUACUUACGUCAACAGGUGUAAUGAAUUAUCAUACACUGAAUUAUUUCUCAUUUACAAGUGUGUCGUUGGCCUUCAUUGUUGCUUGUUUUCUGCCGUCCGUUAAAACUAGCAUUUACUUCCACCGAAGAGACUACCUUCCCAGCAGUGAUGACUCUGCACACCUUCACAAUGAUGAUGAUGAUGGGCAAAUAACAACAAAAUUGAGAAAGGUAGUGAGCUUGAUCUGGCAAGAUUUUAAGAGUGCCUACAGUAACAAAUACCUCCUGAAGUGGUCCAUCUGGUGGGCAUUUGCGACCUGUGGGAAUUUCCAAGUAGGGAACUACAUCCAGCCUCUGUGGGAAGAGAUUGCGCCCAUGGAAGAAACUGAGAACUUGUACAAUGGAGCAGUGGAAGCUACGCAGACGUUAUUAAGUGCUCUUUCUGCCUUCAGUGUGGGGUACUUCCACCUCAACUGGUCCCUCUUUGGUGAAGGGACUUUAGCCCUAAUAUCCCUCAUUGAUGGCAUUGUGCUCCUCCUCAUGGGUCUGACUUCGUGGAUCUGGGUGGCGUACAUCAAUUAUAUUCUCUUCAGGGUCUCCUACCAAGUACUUAUAACUAUUGCAAGUUACCAAGUUGCAAAAGAGCUCAGAGCUGACAGCUAUGGCCUUAUAUUUGGAAUCAACAUGUUUGUUGCGCUCUUCCUUCAGUCCAUCCUCACAUUUGUUGUGGUUCAGGUGCUCGAAAUUGGAGUGAAGUUACAGUUCGUCAUCUACGGGGCUUACUUCUUGGUCCUCGCCUUCUUCUUCUUCAUUCUGUCAGCAUACACCUGUGGCAGACUGGGCAUAUCAGGCAUGCGGGAGCUGGGAGUGUGGGAGAAGAAACCACAGGAGGAAAAUCAAGAACCUCCCGUUGGAACCACAGAAGCUGUUUAAAAGAUAAAAAGAGCAAGGAAAGAAAGAUGAAGAAUACAAACAUUGCACAAAUUUUAUCCAAGAUGCUUUAGUUUUUUAUUAUCAGUUUUAAUUUUUCUUUUAGUUGACAGUAUGACUGAUAAUUUAUUAUGCUGAUAAAUUGGUAGAAAACCUCAUUUUACGCAACACAAGUUUAUUGAAAGGUGAGACAAACUCGAAAUCCUCCUGACUUUCACUUUCAGGUCUAAAGAGUUAGGAGAGGAGAGAAAAUGGGGGCAGUGGAGAAUGAAUAAGAUACAAGAGAACUAGCUCCUAUAAAUGGCAGAGGAUAGAAUUGUUCAUUUGUCUCCUGGAUAUAUCCUACUUGUGCUGAGAGAGAUGCUUAGUAAAACUAGUGCCAGAAUAUUGUCUAUCAUAGAAGGAACAAGGAAUUGCAUAAGUGUUCAUCUUACAGGUGGAGGACUGGUACAGACCAGAUAGCAGUGUGUACGCCUAGCAAAAGGUGAGUUGGCAGUUGAGAGGGCAAAGAGGACAAUGUAGACUUAAGGAUGAAGGAUUGCUGCUGGGGAUUGCAAAUACAGAAAAGGAAUAAAGAAGUAAUGACUUCUCUCUGAACAUGAAGGGGGUGGUAGGGGGAGAGGUGUAUGUAUGACUAUGUAUCCCUGUGUAUUGGUUUUCAGGGAUACAUAGUCAUACAUACACCUCUUCCCCUACCACCCCCGAAAAGAUGGAGAAAUGGUCAGUAGAGUGAUAAAUCCGGGUGUCCAAAAGGAGCUUGUUGUUGACCUCUCAUUCCUCUUUAAAGUAGAGAGAGUAGUAGAGGAAGUUGAGCUUCUACAGGAAAUUCAGGAAGAGGCAGGAUUAUGAGACCACAGGGUAAUGAUAUCAGUGUACUUCAGCCUGAAUGAAUGGCAAAGGGAAGUUGAAGGAAGAGCUUGGACUUAAAGUACUCCAUGAAGAAGUUGGCCAUGACCAGACAGGAUGGAUAAGUCAGAGCAGUACAGAAUGUCUAGGAGUAGGAUCAUCUUUGUGAGGAAACAGAAUUAGCCUCUACCCACAGGCAGAUCAUGUGGAGGAAGAUGUUGGUGAGUAGAACUAGACUGAUCAUCUUUGUUGGUGAAUAGGGAUACAACAUCCAAACUCAUCAUAGUUGCAAAGACAGGCAAUGAAGUCCUAGAAUGGCUAAGGUGAAAGAAGCUAUCCAGAAAAGUGAGAGAUAAAGCCAGUCAGGAAACAAGGGGUGCACCUCAGAUCCCUGGUAGAUGAUAGGUUAUAAAGGUCUUAGGACUUCCAGGAACUUAAACUGCCUUGACCCUUUAACCUGACCUGAUCUGACCUGCUUCUGUUUCCAUUUACUUGUCCUCACUUGGCCCUCUUUUACUGUAUUGCUCCUCCUAUGUCCUCCUAUAUUUCUUCCUCUCCUCAGUUGCUUCAGACCUGGAGGUGAAGUCUAGGAUGAUUUCAAAACUACUGUCUUAUCAUUUAGUAAAUCAGUUUUUAUUUUCUUUUUCUUUUACCAAAAGUUGAUAUUGUAGUUUUAUCUGUGUACAAUUGGCCAGAUAGGAAACAAAGACAUCGGUACUGUCAAGGAGGGAUUGGGGUGGUGGAUACAUGUGCUUGGAUGUGGGAGUUUAUGAAAGGGAUUAUUACUCAGCUUUAGAUGUUCAGUGUAUGGCUCGUGUAGUUUUACCGGUCGCUGUUUUCAUACAACUAUGAAUUUAUUAGAGGCAGUGAGUUAAUUUUGUCACCUUUAUGACAUAACAACUUUUACCAUACAGUAAUUUGCUACAUGCUGCCAGAUGAUGGAUUACCCAAAGUGCCUCCCUCUCACGUACACACACAUGCAUAUGUAUGUACACACACACACACACACACACACACACACACACACACACACACACACACACACACACACACGCACACACGCACGCACGCACGCACACACACACGCACACACACACACACACACACACACA